GGUAUUUUGUUAAUAUCUAUUUGUAUGUAGUUAUAUAUUUUCCAUUAUACGAAUUCUUAUAUUCAUUUUCAUAUGUUUAUAGCCAAGAACAAUCAAUGGAGUUAAAAAAAGCCCAAAUGAAAGUAGACGUGAAGGAUAUUGGGGACAAAUGGAAUCAACUUCCUGAAGAAGAAAAAAAUAAGUAUAUACAACUGGGAAAGCUGCAAUCUGAACAAUAUGCCCAAUUAAAAACUGUGGUCCAACAAAAGCCUCCAAAAGUAAAAAUUCAAACCCGGAUUGAGCUUAAAUCAAUUUGUAAGAUUAUUAGAAGGUUGGACAAAGCACAACAACAAGCAGUGACUGAUAUGGGGUUUCAUGGCAUCCUAAGCCUUAGGUGCAUGCACAUAGAUCAUGACUUGUGCCAUUGGUUAGUUCAGAACUUUAAUCCUUCAACUCAUUCAUUGAAUGUCCACGGUCUUCGAAUGCUUCUCACCAUAGAAGAUGUUCAUGAGUUGAUGGGAUUACCUUCCAAUGGUCUACCUGUGAAGUUAAAAGAGUCCGUAGAUGAAAUUAGAAACCUAUGUGAUGAACUUGCGGUGAAGAAUAAAUUUGUUCCAUUCACAUCUCUGAAAUCUUAUCUGCUUGAAACAAAAGAUGCUGGAACUGAAUUUAAAAGGAAAUUUGUCUUAUAA